UCUCCAUCGGAAAGUGCGCUGGCCACAUCCCUUCGGCCUCCGGGCAGUGUUCUGUCUCCCAUAGCUUAGGCAGCGAGAAACUUCAGCUGUGAAGUGGUGGUGGUGAGAGCCCUGGGAGCAGCGACUGGACCCGGACACCAAGAAGAGAGUGGACGCGCCCCUCGACCAGGAAUCGCUCUCGCAGGCGGAGACCCUGCAUCUCAGCGCCUGUGGUCGCGCUUGCCCGGCCGCACGCUUUUGCUAGGCGCCGUCAGCCCCGAGGACCCUCGGGGUCGGCGGACCCUUCUGUAGCCGGCGGAAACCUAAAGCUGCCAAGAGCUCCCGGCGGGUGUCGGCAAACUUUUUCCGAGCCCACGUGCUGACCAACCAGCCCGGCUCGCUUCCCGAGCCUGGCAUGGAGCGCCGCGCCUAGGCACGCCGUGCAGCCCGAGAGACACGAGCGCACGGUAGGCGAUCUACACCUGGUGCCGGGGCGCUGGGAUAGCCCAUCCGGGGAGCGAAAGGCUUCAGAGCGCCCCUUGAAAGCCCUGCGCUCGGCUGUUUGUAGAGCGCCUUUCCUUCUGCAGAGCUCGCACAACGCCCUUUCCCCAGGGUCAGAAGCCACUGCUCGGCAGAGGUUGCUAAUUCACUGAUUGUAAUCACCUUCCUCUCCGAGUCUCCUGCAGCUGUGCCAUCUGCGUUAAACUGCUGCGUGGGUCGUGCCAGUGAGUUCGCGUCCUCCCUCCCUCCUUUCUUUAAACCAAGAGGCGCGAAGGUGCAGGUACCUCCUCCGGGUUCUCUCGGUCCUCCACCCACCCAGCUUCUCUUUUCCUCCUCUCCCAGGUUCACCGCGGAGGGAGAGAUGCUCAUCGAGCCAAAUUGAUCAUUGCAGCCCCAGGGCAGUGACAUCUGUCUCUGAGUCCGCCCUAGGAGCGCGACCCGCACUGUCUCCUUCCAGGAGCCCAUCAUUUCCUCGACUUUUGAGAGGUGUCUCUCCCCAGCCCGACCGUCCAGAUGCGUUUUUGCCUCUUCUCAUUUGCCCUCAUCAUUCUGAACUGUAUGGAUUACAGCCAGUGCCAAGGCAACCGAUGGAGACGCAAUAAGCGAGCUAGUUAUGUAUCAAAUCCCAUUUGCAAGGGUUGUUUGUCUUGUUCGAAGGACAAUGGGUGCAGCCGAUGUCAACAGAAGUUGUUCUUUUUCCUUCGAAGAGAAGGAAUGCGUCAGUAUGGAGAGUGCCUGCAUUCCUGCCCAUCAGGUUAUUAUGGACACCGAGCCCCAGAUAUGAACAGAUGUGCAAGAUGCAGAAUAGAAAACUGUGAUUCUUGCUUUAGCAAAGACUUUUGUACGAAGUGCAAAGUAGGCUUUUAUUUGCAUAGAGGACGCUGCUUUGAUGAAUGUCCAGAUGGCUUUGCACCAUUAGAUGAGACCAUGGAAUGUGUAGAAGGUUGUGAAGUUGGUCAUUGGAGCGAAUGGGGAACGUGUAGCAGAAACAACCGCACGUGUGGAUUUAAAUGGGGUCUGGAAACCAGAACACGGCAGAUUGUUAAAAAGCCAGCAAAAGACACAAUACCAUGUCCGACCAUUGCGGAGUCCAGGAGAUGCAAGAUGGCCAUGAGGCACUGUCCAGGAGGCAAGAGAACACCAAAGGCAAAAGAAAAGAGAAACAAGAAGAAGAGACGGAAGCUGAUUGAGAGAGCCCAAGAGCAGCACAGCGUCUUCCUCGCUACAGACAGAGUGAACCAAUAAAAUACAAGAGAUAGCUGGGGCACUUUGAGGUUUUCAGUUUUGUUUAGUUGUUGUUUUGCAAAAGUGCACAAAGCUACUCUCCAGUCCACCCUGGUGGACAGCAUUCCUGAUCCUCUGACCAGUAUCCAUUUUCAGUAAUGCUGCAAAGGGAGGUGCCCAAGCAUGGACUCUGCAUUAUUUAUGCUUUGAUUAGAAUCUGGGGCCUGUGAUGGCAGGAGCUCGUUGAGCUGAAUCAGUGGGAGCUGAUGCAUCUGUUCUCUUGUGAUGAGCACAGUGUGUCAUAAGAACCUGUCCCUGGCACGGUGGACCCACAGGAGGCACAAGGCUGUAGAUCACCACUGGAGAAUGCACCUGUGCCUACUUUGAUGGAUGACAAUGCUAAGCAAGCAAGCAAGCAAGCAAGCAAGCAAGCAAGCAAGCACUGUUCACUUGUGACUUUCAUUUCCCACACUGUGCAUUGUCAAAGACAAAUGUGCAUGGAAAAAAAUGUUUAGUGUCACCUCACGGCGUUCUCAGCAUCUGUAACCUUCAAAUGGUCCUACAACGAGACUGCCUUCUAGCUAGGGGUAUGCUGUGGAAAUUCCUGCUACAUUUCGUCUUAGUGCUAACAUGCACAAAUUCUGCUGCGCUACAUUCAAAGCUCCUUACUGUAUAUUUAUGCUUUCUGUGUGUAACAAGUUAUACCUGAUAAGAUGUCUCUUUGUUUCUAGUGCUUCUUAACCAUGGUCUGGUACAUGGCUGUUACAGUUUUGGAAAUUAACAAGUGUUUUUUUUUUUGCCUCUUGUUUUCUUUUGUUCCUAUCAUUUUUGGCGGGGGUGGGGUGGGCUUGAUUCUAAUUGUAAGUAUAGGGUAAGCUAGUUUGUAUAUAGAGUCAAGUGACUGAUGUCAGGGGAUCAGUGCUGAUAGAACUUCCCCAGUUCAUGUCACCAUACACACAGAGAGAAAGCAGCAUGAGGCAGCUUGCCAUCAGAGGCCAUAUUUCUUUUGAGCCCAAAAUUGAUGAUGUAUGAAAUAUAACUGAAAACAAGAUUUGUGUGUAGUUACUUGUAUUUAUUAUACAGUUUCCAAUUAUAUUUUUUCAAACUCAAAAUAACCCAUGACUUUGAAUGAUAGGUCACUUGGCAAUAUUCUUGGAUUACUGGGGAAGUUGUUGUCAUGAAAACACUGAGAAAAAGAGAGAAAAUAGGAUGACUUCCCCCAAGUGAGAGCCACAUCUUACAUUUCUCCGUUGAAUCCGAAUCAACUCGAUUAGAACAGAAAUAUGAUGGAAGCUUUCUAGUUGACACACACGGCCAUGAUUUCAGAAACAUCUUUGUCCCUUUGGGUCAGUUUGUCCUUAGAUUAUGAAUUGGAAGGUUCUAAUUGCAUUAUUUCCAUGGCUGAUCCAGGAGAAAGUUAGAACACAAUAAGUUGUAUUGUUUUGAGGAAACACCCAAAGCACGGCAGAGCCUUUCCUUGCCUUGCAUUGGCAAAACUACCUCUUUAGCAUUUCUGUUGAUUCAGAAACAUCUUGCUGAUAUGUGUAGAUGUUUUAAGCUUCAUUGUGAAAAUAUUGAUGCAAGAUAAGCCAUAUAUGAAUGUCGUAUUCAACUUUAGGGCUUGAAAUUAAUCCUAAAGUGUUCACCUCUCUCCAUGUCUAUUUACACUCUGUUCCUAUUUACUAAGAGGGUUAGGGGUCUCCUUAAUAUCAUACUUCAUUGUUAAUAAGUCGAUGCUUGUUAUGUUUCUGGGCUGUUGUUUUUGUGCAUUAAAAACUCAAAAAUUGUUUUUU